AUAUUUAUAUAUAAUAAUGUAGCGUGAUAAAAUAAUGGAGUUAAAACUGCACACUGCACGAAAUGUCGGUGGAUACUGACUGGUCAGAGUUUGCCUGAUAGAAGUGUCGAGUUUCACAGUGAACAGAAUACUGGAAUACUGGAUAUUGGUGUGUGCUGGGUGGAUGUAAUGGGUGACUGUGUGCUAGCUGGAUGCGUGCUUGCCGGCCGGUAUAUUACUCAGCUUCUCAAGUACUGCACACCACUACUUAUCUUCUCUCGGUUCUCCUCUAUCCAUAUACAAAAUUUAAUAUACAGUAAACUCAAUACUCACCGGAUUUACACAAUGGUGGUAGAGAUUUUGCUAAGUGUACGCAUGCGUGUGCGCCACACCCCAUAGCAUGUCCGCCAUUUGUGUGGUAAAUUUCUGUUGGGGGGUUUGUGCGACGCCCGAAUGGCAUAAGGAACGGCACGCCGAUAUUCGAUGCUACUGCUAUGCUCUAUAGUGCUGCUAAUGCUUUCUUCCACCACUUCCCCUUCUUCUCCUACUUACUGUCUACCAUUUACAUUGCUCCUAGCUGAUUUACUUACUAUAUAUGUGUUGCUUUUCUAUGUAUGGAUUUACUGUACAUGCACUGAAAGUAAAUGUGUGAAGAGAAGGACAAAGAAUAUCCAAAUGACCUCGAUGCAUGCGGCGCCAACCGGACAUCCCGAUAUGCUAAAGCUUAGCUGCCAACCUUUACAAUACAAAGCGUCGUGUUACUACAUGCCUGCCACGCUUGCUGAGUAAAAUUAUAGAUUGUAGAUAUAGUAAGAGAUAAAAAUUACAAACAUAACCUACAGAAAUAACAAUCUUACUGAUUAUCCGGAGGAUUUUUUUGUGACAUUUUUAUUAUUAUUUAUUUAUAUAUUAAUAAUAUGCAUAGACACAACGCAGAUCAUAAUAAAAACCGGACAACAGAACCGCAACCUGAAUUAGAAAGUCAGUUUAUAUUACGUUUACCAGAGGAACCAGCGAAAGUAUUAAGAGAAAUUAUUCAAGCGGGGUUGCCUCUGAAAGAUAGGUUGACGGUGAAAAUUGAAAAUGAUAUGAGAUAUGGAGAAGUUAGAUUCGAUCACUGGCUUCUACAUGCUAAGGUUUUGGACUUGCCGACAAUUGUUGAGUCAAUGAAAACUAUUGAUAAUAAAAGCUUUUAUAAGACUGCGGACAUUUGUCAGCUUCUAAUAUGUAAAGAGGAAGAUGACCACACAACAGAUGACGAGUCUCCGGUGAGACAAAAGAAAAAAGAUCCGAAUAAGGUGGAUAGAAAAUUUCUGUGGCCUCACGGAAUAACCCCACCAACAAAAAACAUACGAAAAAGAAGGUUCAGAAAGACUUUGAAAAAAAAAUAUGUAGAAGCUCCUGAAAUCGAAAAAGAGGUCAAAAGAUUGUUGAGAGUGGAUAACGACGCUGUUGACGUUAAGUGGGAAGUUAUCUGCGAGGAUGAAGAUAGCACGAAGCCUAAUAAAAUAUCUAAUUCGGGCACUGUUAAGGGUAAACGAGAUGCAAGUGGAUCAUCUCAAAAUGUCGAUGUUGCUGAGCACCUUAUUUUCGGUGAAGCUGUUAGUGACAGUGAGGAUGAGGAUGAAGAAACAAAUAUCAAUGUCGAAUUAGAUGAAACUAGCCGCAUAUCCGCAGAUAGUCGUGUCUCUGAUUCGAAUUCGAUGCAGGUCGGUUUCUCCGAACGUUCUGGACAAGACACUAAUACAUGCAGUGAAUUGCUCACGGAAUUCAGUAAAGAUAUGUUUCCACCACAAAUUUCUUACGAUCAAGAGAACAAACCUAACGUUGAAGAUGUUCAAAAAAUACCCAAAAUUGAAGAUUUUCAUUCGGAGUACAUUAUUCCAGACGAUUCAUCGCCCUCAAUGUCUACUAAUAAAGGCUCACUAUCUUCACGUUUAGUCAUCCUUCACAAUGAGCUAGCGGAUAUUCGUCAAUGUAAACAGCAACAAGAGGCCGAAAUAGCAAAUCUUGAUAAUCUUAAUUUACGACAGAGGAUUCAAGAGAUUUUGGACAAUCUUGGGAUGCAGGAAAAACAAAAAAUGCAAGAGAUCCAUGAUUUAGAACUUCAGAGUAAGUACGCGAUUGAAUAAUAUUUAUGUGCGCAGGAUGAGAUGAAUAAUGAUGACAAAUCAUUCACUACUUGACAUAAUAAAUACAUCUAUAAUAAUAAUUGCAUACCAAAACAAAAAGUUACAAUAAUUUUUUUUUGCCACAUACUACUUGUACAAUUAUUUAAGUCUUUUUUUUUUUUUGUUUUUAAGAUUCAUAUCUACUUGCAUCUACAAAUUUUCGUCAAUAAAUAAACGGGUCUAGGUUUCUAACUAUUUAUAGUUUAUAUACUCAUAAAUCUAUGUAAAUAGACAAUAAAAAUGAUAAAUAUCUAUAAAAUUAUAACUGCUGUCAAAUAAAAUACUGUAAGUAAUUUAAAAAGUAGCGGAAGAUGAGCACAUAAUUGCCAAUAUUAGUUUUUUUUUUAAAUAUAAAUCGG